AUGUAAUAAUUAAAGAAUAAUUACAUUUAAUAUUUAAGAGAUGGAAUUUAGAUGAAUAAAGUAGAAAUGGAAGAUUUCGGAGGUAUGUUUGGAAUUAAAGCUAUUGAUAAUAUUUAAUCAGGUGAAUUUCUGAUAAAAGUGUCCCAUAAAUAUGCAAUAAGCGCAUUCACAGUAUUCUAAAAUGAAUAAUGUGUAGAUAUUAUGAAGAGGAAUCCUCAUAUAUAUCCAUCAUUACAAUAAAUUGGUAAUAAAUAAAGUGAUUUUUAAACAUUAAUACUUUAUUUGACAACAUAAAGACAUGGCAAAUUAAAGCCAAUAUUUGAUGUUUCAGAAAAUCCAAGUUGUUUGCUUGACUGUGAUUAAGAAAUUCCAUUUGAUUAUUUAAGAGAAUUGAAGUUAGAAUUCGAAGAGGAAUAUAAGGCAGCAAAAGAUGAAGUAAUGUUAAUAGGAUUAAGUAGUGAAGAUUAUGAUUGGGCAUAUAGAUUUUGCAUGAAUAGAAGAUUAAGUGUGUAUAAUGAUUAUCCUUUUUCAUUUUUAGUACCUAUGAUUGAUAUGAUAAAUCAUGGCAAGAAUAAAGCAAUCUUUGGUUUGGAAUAGGACAAUCAUCAACCAGAAGACUAUAUAUAAAAUAACUAUAUGAAAUACAAAUAUAUUUUGUAAAAUAAAUAUUGGUUUACUUAAGAGGAUUAGGAACUAAUAUAAAAUGUUAAACUAAAUGAAAGUGAAAGAUGUUCUAAGAUAUUAAAUAAAUUAUUAACAAAGUUAUUUUAAGAAUUACUCAGAACAGGAUCUCAAGAUAUUUGGGUUACUAAAUUGAUGAUGCCUGAUGAUUCAGAAGAUGAAGAUGAGCCCACCGAUAAGAACAAUCAUUAAUCAUAGUAAUUAAAUACCAAAGAUACUAAAGUUUAAGCUGCAGUAAAUGAUGAUUAUUUAAGAGAUUAUUAUGAAUAAUCUUUAGAUUAAAGUGAACAUGAUUGGUAUACAGAUAUCUAAUAAUAAACUCUAUCAUGUCCAGCAUAUCUUACAGCAAGGGCAGUAGAUGAUAUUGAAAAAGGGGAGUAAGUCUUAAACUUGUAUGGAUGUUUAGGAAAUGAACAUUUACUUAUGUAUUAUGGAUUUGCUCUAAAUAAAAAUAAAUAUGACAGAGUUAAAUUCAGAAUCUUUAUGGAUUGUAGUACUAAGUACGAUUUUUUAAAUAACAUUGAAAAAUUAGUGUAAUUACAUUAUGUUCCAUACAAAGAACUAUUAAAUCUUAAUACUAGAGGAAUGAGUCUCCAUUAGUUAACAUCUGAAUUUAAAAUUAAGAAAAGUUAAUUUAAUUUAGAUUUAAUUCAAUUCCUCAAAACUUAUCUCUAAUUACUUGAUGGGGAAGAGUCAAUCAAUGAAGAAAUUAUCAUAGUUCUCUAUAGAAGAAUAAUUAACUCUUUAUACAAAAAGAUCUCCUCUCCUAUUAUAAUAAGAGAUUCCUAUUGGGGGUAACAACUUUUUAAUUAUCAAAAUUCAAAAGUAAGAAUUCUCAAGGCACAUCUAGAAAUGAUAGAUAAUCUGACAACAAAAGCAGAGAAGAUGGAUAUUAAAGUGUUUAUGAGAUUAAGAGCAUAUUUACUUAAAUAAAACUGAAUAUUGUUUCAUAU